AUGGCACUGGUCGUCAAGCGCGACAGGGGCCGACCCAAGGGCAGCAAGAACAAGGUCAAGAGUGCAUCGGCGCCGGUUCCCGCUGUCAAGCGCGGCAGGGGCCGACCCAAGGGGAGCAAAAACAGGAAGACCCCCGACGCAGAUCUCGUUGUGGAGCCCGAUGUGCUCAUAUGCCCCAUCACGCGAACCAUGUUCCGCGACCCGGUGGUGCUUUUCGAUUCGGGGCACACAUACGAGAGGAGCGCCAUUUUGUCGCACUUCUGCCGCAACGGGGCCAAGGAUCCGCUCACGCGUCGCGCCUUGAGCAGCACGAAGGUGACGACGAACUGGGCGGUGAGACAGAUUGUUCAGUUUUGGCUGGACAAGCACCCUGGCGUGAUGCCCGACGGGUGGGAGAUUCGCGAGGUUCUGGAGCCGUCGAAGGAUGACGGAACGCGCAGGAUCGAUGAGGGGGGUGACGUCGGAGUGCUCCGGACAUGGCGUGCGAUGUGCCCUGCACUGCAGGAGGUGUGGCCGGAGGACGAGCAACCGCAGGACUGGGAAGGGGUGACGAUGGAAAACAACGGCCGGGUGGUGGAGCUUGAGUUGGAAGACGUUGGCCUGACGGGCGCAGUGCCGGCUGAGCUUGGGCGCCUGAGCGCGUUGAGGAAGUUGAGCCUCAGCCGCAAUCGGCUGACGAGCGUGCCGGCUGAGAUCGGGCAGCUCACGUCGCUGGUGAAGUUGUACCUCCACGACAAUCGGCUGACGAGCGUGCCGGCGGAGAUCGGGCAGCUCACGUCGCUGGAGGGGUUGUGGCUCCGGCACAAUCAGCUGACGAGCUUGCCGGCGGAGAUCGGACAGCUCACGGCGCUGAGGGUGUUGUUGCUCUACGGCAAUCAGCUGACGAGCGUGCCGGCGGAGAUCGGGCAGCUCACAUCGCUGACCGAGUUGCACCUCGCCGACAAUCAGUUGACGAGCGUGCCGGCGGAGAUCGGGCAGCUCACGUCUCUGGAGAGGUUGGGCCUCAGAGACAACCAGCUGACGAGCGUGCCGGCGGAGAUCGGGCAGCUAACGUCGCUGGAGAGGUUGUACCUCGGCGGCAAUCGGCUGACGAGCGUGCCGGCGGAGAUUGGGCAGCUCACUGAGCUGAAGGAGUUGAACCUCGAGGGCAAUCAGCUGACGAGCGUGCCGGCGGAGAUCGGGCAGCUCACGUCGCUGGAGAGGUUGUACCUCGGCCACAAUCAGUUGACGAGUGUGCCGGCUGUGAUACGCGAGAGAAAUCCAUCGAUUUUAUACUGGUAAUAA